AUGGGUGAGUCAAAUCAUGCCAUCGUCUUUGGCGCGUCUGGCCUAAUUGGUUGGGCUCUGGUAAAUCAACUUUUGAGUCCCUACCCUAGUGCUGGCACUUUUUAUAAAGUAACCGCCAUCACAAACCGCCCAAUUAUCCUCUCUGAGUCUCACUGGCCAGAGCCAGGCUCGAAUAGACCAGAUCUGCAGCUUGUCUCGGGCAUCGACCUUCGUCACGGUGAUGGGCCUACAUUGGCAGAGACACUGAAACGCGCAGUGAGAGAUGUUGAAAGUAUUACCCAUAUAUAUUACUUGGUUUUUACUGCGGUCGAGGACGAUACUGAGGAAUUUGCCACCAAUCUGCGCAUGUUCAAGAAUGUCAUUGACGCUCACGGCUUGAUUAGCCCCAACUUGCGAUUCGUGGCGUUCACUGGCGGGACACGGGGGUAUGGUAUAUACACUCCAGGGGGCACAUUUACUCCUCCUUUAACGGAGGACAUGGCGAAGAAGCUUCCGAUCGAAAUCGCAAAUACAGUUGUAUACACAGCAUACCGCAAGCUCCUUGAUGCAAAGAGCAAGGGCAAGAAUUGGACAUGGUGUGAAGUCUGUCCAGACGCAAUCAUUGGAUUCACUCCCAACGGUUCCCAGUUCAGUUUAGCAUUACAUUGGGCCCAGUAUCUAUCGCUAUGGGCUUACAACCAUGGCAUUGGACCUGAAACAUCAGGACCCAGGACAACCGCUGUGCAGGUACCAUUUCCUGGUAAUGUGGCCAGUGCAAGCUCGCUGUUCUCUCCAGUAUCCAGCAGCACACUUGCCCGGUUCAUGAUAUAUGCCUCGUUACACCCUGCGACCUGUGGCGGAGGUCAGUUGUUCAAUGUUGCCGAUAGCCAGACUGCUUGCAAGUAUGGUGAGAUAUGGCCUCGACUGGCAAAUUGGUUUGGUCUGGUAGGUGUGGGACCCGUCGAGGACUCACAAGCCCUUGACAAUACGUUGAAGGCGGGCGAGCUGCCCGAGGCCACUAGGUUCCUCACGCCGGGUGAGUAUUUUGCUGAGCAUAAAGAACAAUUCUCUGAGCUUGGGCGUGCGAAUGCUAUUAGUGGAGGCGUCGGUGCUGGUAGGCGGCAGCUUGAUAGUGUGGGCUAUUGGUUGACUUUCGACCGGCAGCUCAGUCUGGAGAAGCUUAGGGGAACAGGAUUCGAAGGUGAUAGAGACCAUGUUCAGGCAUGGCUGGAAAGUUUUGAGAUGUUCCGAAAAGCAGGAUUGAUAUUAUGA